AUGAUCGCCCAGCCCUUCCUUCAGGCAGUACACCAUCAUCCCGAACAGCGUCGCCCCCGUCAUCACGUUCAGCGUCGUCAGCAGCCGCGCAGACUUCUCCGGCGGCACGUAGAUCAUCCCGCACAUCAGCACGCAGUAGAUCACAAACCCGACAAACUCCUUCGUCUCCAUGUGCGUGCUCGCAGGCAUCGUGUUCUUCAUGUUCUGGUACCCCGGCGCCAGCGCAGACAGCACCACAGAGAUGCACAGGCCCCCCGUCCACGACUGCGUCGACAGCCACACAACCCCCAGCAUGAUCCGCUGCGCGAUCGCCACGUACGACCCGCGCAUGCCCCACACGCACCGGCUGAACACAGGGUACCCGAUGUGAUACUCCGCCCCGACCUGCCCGUUCAGAAUCGCCAUCGCGCAGAUGAUCACCCGCCCGAUCACGUUCGCCACCAUCGCCAUCCACACAGAGUUCCCGAUCGAAAUCAGCGUCGAGCCCACCUGGUAGUUCGAGAUGCACAGGUUGUUGAUCGCCCAGAAGCCCAUGAAUGUCCACAUGUCCCACGUCCGCCGCCCCGGCGGCAGCGGCACCAGGUCGUGGUUGAUCCACCGCGUCGCACGAACCCCCGCCCCACUGCUCUUCACCUCCAACGCCUUCCUCAGUCUUACGAAGUUCACCAUUACGAUCCAAAAGUAAACAAUUGA